AUGUCAUACAGAGAAUUAAGAAAUAUGGUGGAACAGUUACGGGUUCUUGGUUACCCACGACUUGUUUCCAUGGAAAAUUUUCGAACACCAAAUUUUAAAUUGGUCGCCGAAAUAUUGGAAUGGUUAGUGCAUAGAUACGAUGCGCAAAUUUCCAUUCCACUUGUGAUUGAAACAGAGCAAGAACGAGCAUUUUUUAUAAAAUCAGCUACAUUUUAUAUUCUUCAAAAAGCUCGAAUUAAACUUAAUCCCAAGAAAUUGUACAUGGCAGAUGGAUAUGCAGUUCAAGAGAUUGCUGUUGUUAGCGAAGAGAUAAAAAAAUGUCAACAAUUAGCAUUACAAAUUCCAAAUCAUGGUGCAACACUGUAUGACCUUUUGGCAAAAGAGGUCACUGCAAGGGUUGAACGAAACAAAGCAUUAUCAUUCUCGUUAAGUUUAUCAGAUGGUGAAAAAGCUAUUUUACAAGCUACUCAAGCUAUACAAGAGGAAUUAGCUGUAAUAAAUCACAAUUUGCAAAAUGUUAGUUCGGAUGAAGCAGCAUUGGAUGCAAAAAUUGAACGUCGAAAGAAGGAAUAUGAUCAGCAACAAAAACGCUUAGCUAAAUUACAAUCAUUUCGUCCUCAAUGUAUGGAUGAAUACGAGAAAUAUGAAAUGAAAUUGAAACAGCUAUAUGCUAUUUAUGUAUUAAAAUUUAGAAAUGUAUCAUUUUUACAAGGAUUACAGAAUGAAUUUGAUCGAGCAGAACACGAACGAAAUGUAGAAGCUGAACAAAAUAUGCGCAAUAUGGUGGAGCGCAUGCGAGCACAAGAAUUAAUACUUCGAGAAGCACAGUAUGUGAUAUUUAAUUAUUAA